AUGGAAAACAAGAGCAACCUUGAGGUGACCUUCUCCAAAAGAAGAACCGGAUUGUUCAAUAAAUCCAAUGAACUUACGACACUUUGUGGGGCGGAGAUGUUGGUGAUCGUCUUCUCACCGGCGGAGAAGGUGUUCUCAUUCGGUCACCCGAGUGUGGAUGAGUUGGCUGAUCGAUUCAUGGGGAUUCGUGGCUCCUCUUCGUCCAUGGGACAUUCCCAUGAGACCCAACGUUUGUUGGGGAUUGAAUCAUUGUCCAACAUUAAUGAAAUGAAUGCUCGGUUCAUCGAGGUUCAAGAGUUGUUGAAGGCUGAGAAAACGACGCAAAAAGGCGAUGGAUCAAGUCAUGCAAGCUGGACGUGA